AUGCGGAGCACCUCAGCCACGUCACUCACUGCUGCCCUCAUCCGAGCAUCUCCAGCCCUUUGGACCCAGCCAAUCACCAGCAGAGUUUACAAUGGAGUUGACAUCAACGAAACAACCAACCUGGGCGUCAAGUACAUUGACCGUGCUGCUCGCGAGGGUGCCAAUCUAGUCGCAUUCCCGGAGCUGUGGUUUCCGGGCUACCCUCGAGGCAAUGAUGCUGCCUGGAUUGAGAAAUGGGUCGAUAACUAUAUCGAGAAUUCUAUCAGGCAGGGGGAUCGGAACUGGAAGAAGUUGGUUGCUGCUGCGAAACGGAACUCCGUCUAUGUCGCUUUAGGCUUCUCUGAGCGCGUUGAUGCGGAUGAUGCUAUAUACAUGGCUCAAGCCCUGAUCGAUCCCCGCGGUAAGGUCCUUAUUCAUCGACACAAGCUCCGACCUUCGGGCGGAGAGCGCAGCAUAUGGAGCGAUGGAAAGGUGGAUGGAUUGAAGGUAGUCAAUACUCCAUACGGAAGAAUGGGAUUGCUCGAGUGUUGGGAGCAUUUCCACCCCGCCAUGACAUUCCCUAUGCAGGCGCAAGCUGAGGCUAUUCACAUUGCUUCUUGGCCAUAUACCCCCGAUCCAAAGGACAUCAGCGCUCAGUAUUGGGAGUCGGCGGAAGUCAACAUGGCUGCCGCUUCCCUGUACGCUGUCAAUAGCGGCGCAUACACGCUUGUUGCUACUGUUGGCCGAGCUGCAGCAUUCGGACCAGAUGGCCUCGAGUUCACCUCAAUUCCCGCAUAUGUCCCGAGCGAAACUAGCCCGUUUUUGAUGCUGUCUAUCAACACAACGGGGUUCUCUUCCCGCCCUGCGUAUAACAUCGACGGCGAGCAGUCUUGGGGUAUACUCAAGGAAAUCGAGCAGGGAUGGCCCGAGGGCGUGCCGAAGAAGAAUGGAACCUUCCGAAACCACAUAACUAACCCUAUCUCCAAGCUCACAAACUAG